UAUCGAGGCCGAUUGCCAAACCUUGCUGGGGCGGCACAACCGGCUGUGGAGAGCUGGGGAUGGAGGGGCUCCGUGUGGGCAGCGUCCUGCUGACCGGCUGCGAUGGGGGACUGGGCCUGGGGCUGCUGAAGGGGCUGCUGGAGCAACCCAGCCCACCCCGGCACCUCUUCGCUGCUUGCCUGGACCCCCAGGGCAAGGCUGUCAAUGAGGUGGCUCUGGGCUUUCCCAACGUCGUGAUCCUGCCUCUCGAUGUGACAGACCCCAACAGCAUCAAGGCAGCAGUCAGGAAGGUGCAGGAGCAGGUGGGAAGYGCYGGCCUCAACCUCCUGAUCAACAACRCGGGCACCACGCGCCGCAGCACCUUGGCCACCGAGACAGCAGAGAACAUGAGCCUGGUCUACACCACCAACACCAUCGGGCCCCUGCAGACCAGCCAGGCCUUCCUGCCCCUGCUGAAGGAGGCGGCUGAGGCUGAGRGACAGCGUGAGAUGAGCUGCAGCAGAGCUGCCAUCAUCAACAUCUCCAGCAUCCUGGGCUCCAUCGAGGUGGCGCAGGCUUGGGAGCAGAGGCAGGAUCUCUGCUACCGCUGCAGCAAGGCUGCUCUGAACAUGCUCACCAAGUGCCUGGCCCUGGAGUACGGGAGCAGCGGGAUCCUCUGCGUGUCCGUGGACCCCGGAUGUGUGACACCUCCCUUGGAACAGGGGAUGGUGAGUGAUGGCAGGUGCAUCAGCGAGCUCAGCAAGGCCCCACGGGCAUCCAUUCCUGGGGGCAUCCCUUCCCAGGAACACCCCUUCCCAAGGCCAGCCCUUCCCAUGAACAUCCUUUCUCGGGGUCAUCGCUUUCCCUGAACAUCCUUUUCCAAAGGCAUCCCUUCCCAUGGGCACCCCUUCCUAGGGCAUUUCUUCCCUUGGAUAUCCUUUCCCUUGAACACCCCCUCCUGGGGCAUCCCUUCCCUGGCACCCACAUCUGUGCAGUCCCUCGGUCCCACGAUGGCUGUGCCACCACAGCAAAGGGACAAUUCCAGUCUCUCCCCCAAAACCACCCAAUUUCUUCCCUGUUUUUACUUUCCUUUCCCAUCSCGAUGGUGUGUCAGCAGAGGGCACCCCGGCCCUGCACUCAGCUGUCCCUUACCCUGCUCUGGCUGACAAACAAGUCACUUUUUAAUUAGGAAUGAAAAAAUUAACCUCCAUCCUUAUGGCACCCAGAUAAGGGAUAAUCAAUUUUUGCAAAGCUGCAUCCCUUGGCUGCUAGAGCAUCUCCAGUGGCUCCCAAACCAUCCCAGCUGGAUCUGGCAUUCCACCACACCAUGGGAUGGGAAUGGGGCUGUUGGGAUGGAGAAUCCUGGCUCACUUUUCCCCCACCCUUGGGUGCUCAGGGCCCGGUG